AAGCUUGCAACGCUUUUGUCUUCCUCUUACAGCAAAUCCAGUUUGCUGAUGACAUGCAGGAGUUCACCAAAUUCCCCACCAAGACAGGCCGCCGCUCUCUGUCGAGGUCCAUCUCUCAGUCCUCCACCGACAGCUACAGCUCAGCUGCGUCCUACACAGACAGCUCUGAUGACGAGGUCUCCCCCCGGGAUAAGCAGCAAACCAACUCCAAGGGCAGCAGCAAUUUCUGCGUGAAGAACAUCAAGCAGGCAGAAUUUGGACGCCGGGAGAUUGAGAUCGCAGAGCAAGACAUGUCUGCUCUGAUUUCACUCAGGAAACGCGCUCAGGGGGAGAAGCCCUUGGCUGGUGCUAAAAUAGUGGGCUGUACACACAUCACAGCCCAGACUGCGGUGUUGAUUGAGACGCUGUGUGCGCUGGGGGCCCAGUGCCGCUGGUCUGCCUGCAACAUCUACUCCACGCAGAACGAAGUGGCUGCAGCACUGGCUGAGGCUGGCGUGGCCGUGUUCGCGUGGAAGGGCGAGUCGGAAGAUGACUUCUGGUGGUGCAUUGACCGCUGUGUGAACAUGGACGGGUGGCAAGCCAACAUGAUCCUGGAUGAUGGGGGAGACUUAACCCACUGGGUUUAUAAGAAGUAUCCAAACGUGUUUAAGAAGAUCCGAGGCAUUGUGGAAGAGAGCGUGACUGGUGUGCACAGGCUGUAUCAGCUCUCCAAAGCGGGGAAGCUCUGUGUUCCAGCCAUGAACGUCAAUGAUUCUGUUACCAAACAGAAGUUUGAUAACUUGUACUGCUGCCGAGAGUCCAUUCUGGACGGCCUGAAGAGGACCACAGACGUGAUGUUUGGUGGGAAGCAGGUGGUGGUGUGUGGCUACGGUGAGGUGGGGAAGGGCUGCUGUGCUGCUCUCAAGGCCCUCGGAGCCAUCGUCUACAUCACAGAGAUCGACCCCAUCUGCGCUCUGCAGGCCUGCAUGGACGGGUUCCGGGUGGUAAAGCUCAGUGAAGUCAUCCGGCAAGUGGACGUGGUGAUCACCUGCACAGGAAACAAGAACGUAGUGACGCGGGAGCAUCUGGACCGCAUGAAAAACAGUUGUAUCGUGUGCAACAUGGGCCACUCCAACACGGAAAUUGACGUGACCAGCCUGCGCACCCCGGAGCUGACGUGGGAGCGGGUCCGUUCUCAGGUGGACCAUGUCAUCUGGCCAGACGGCAAGCGCGUCAUCCUGCUGGCAGAGGGCCGCCUGCUCAACCUGAGCUGCUCCACAGUCCCCACCUUUGUGCUGUCCAUCACGGCUACCACACAGGCUUUGGCACUGAUAGAGCUCUACAACGCACCCGAGGGACGCUACAAGCAAGACGUGUACUUGCUGCCCAAGAAAAUGGAUGAGUACGUUGCCAGCUUGCACCUGCCAUCAUUUGAUGCCCACCUGACAGAGCUGACGGAUGACCAAGCAAAAUAUCUGGGACUCAACAAAAAUGGGCCAUUCAAACCCAAUUAUUACAGAUACUAAUGGACCAUGUUGCCAAGGACCAGUCCACGUGAACCAUACAACUCGACAAGAAACUUUUUUAAAUAACUUUUAUUUUCUUUUUAUUCCUUUCCUCUUGGUGUUUUUUUUUUUUCUUUCUUUCUAUAAUUUCAUUCUUGUUUUUUCAUCUCAUCAUCCAAGUUCUGCAGAUGACACAGGAACUUGCUUCAUGGCUCUUUAGGUGAAACUGAGGUUCAGGGGUCCUCACCCUAGUCAGAAAAGGAGGAUUUUAUUCUCCCAGCCCAGAAAGGGGUCUUUCUUUCCCAUUUCUGGGGACUUUAGUCUUAACUGGGUACCUUACUCACAGGAAAUGUAAGGUGCCUUCUAGUUGGAACAAUCUGCAAUGUCUAAAUUGCCUUAAGAGCCCACUUCUUAGCUGCUGAAUCAGUGCUCUUUGACUUCUUCAGAGGAGCAGGGAUGGGACCUACCAGCCAGGUAGGCCAGUCGUAGGUGGUGCAUGUCAGUUCCCCCCUAGAUGUCCCAGCCCUGUGUCCUGUGUGAAGGUGGUGUGUCUGGUUCAGAUACGUGCACAGUGAGUGUUGCUAGUUGAGAUCCAAUAGGUCCACGUGGAUUAGUAUAGCCCUUCCUCCACGCCCACCAGACUUUCACAUUUUUCACAUUUUUAACCAGACUGCAUUCUAUUAAGUUGAAUUCUGUCCCCCAGCAUUUAUUUCUGUUGUACCAAAAAAGUAAGACACAUGUUUAGUGUUAACGCUGAGAAACUGCUUGGGUGGCUAGUUGGUAUCAGUGUUUCUUUUAAAGCUUUGGUGUUAAGAGGGCCGAGUUGAGUCAAGAGCAAUGUGGGUCUCAAACUCUGUUAAAUCCCUGUUUCUAGCCCACAGUUUAUAGCUUCGGCGGCCUGGGGCCAUAACAGCCAAUUCUCGCAGCUCUGCCCUAUACAGCUUGUGCUGAAGGCAAAUUUCUUGAACCGUUACUCACCGUUAAAGCACUGAGCUCUAUCUUUAGGAUUUAUCCCUCAAGAGCACAUUUCUGGUCAGCUAUGCCUCUGCAACCUAACAUAUUUAAAGGGAGAUAGAGUGGGGGGAGGAAGGAUAUAUCCACAUUGGGCCACGGUGAGGGAAGGCCAGCCCCAGAUAACUUUCUGGGACUUUAAGCCCCAUAUAACAUUAGUUUUGCAGAAGUGGUACCACUUUUGAUUGACAAGUGUCACAAAAACUUUCUGAACUAAGAUCUUAAACGGGCAGCUUGUGCGGAGAGAAAGUGAUCAGCCGCGCUGGCUCGCGCUCUGAACUCCCCAACGAGGCUCUCGCAGCCACAGAGCUGCAUCCCUGUCCGUGCAUCUGCUCCAGCGUCUCUGCAUGGUCAUGUGAGCUUUAGGUCGCGCGCUUUAAGUAUAUACGCCCCAGGACCCUGAAUCCUCAACUCGCUCUGGCCUGUGACCCUUCAAAACUGGGCCAGGAUUAGUGCGAGGUGCUAGGAAUUGCCGUCUCUCGCGCCAUUGAUCAGAGAGACAGACAUUAAAACAGGAAUAUCAUACCAGGGGACAAUGGUCUUGCCAAACUUUUUCCUUUUCCUCUCCUGUUUCUUCCCACUCCUUGCCAGUGUGACCAUGCUUGCUUCUCUGUAGAUGUUAGCGGUUCCAGCCCUUUCCCAGGGCAUGUAACCAGCCAAUCAGAACACCACAUCCUUUAGGGGAAGUAACCUGGCCAACAGGGGUGUCCAGCUCUGCUAGAGGGAAGGGGCCCAGGUCCUACUGCCCUCUGGGCCGCCCCUGCUCCCAGAUCUAUUUCUGUGUCCAUAGGAACAAUAGGUAAGGGCUCCGUCUUUGUCAAGCCAUGUAACAAGGACACUGUGGGGACAUGUCCGGCCUAGAGGGAGCAUGUGGAGAGCAACUUGGGAGGAACAAGUUUAUUUUGUACGGAGUGAUUUUUAAUGAAUGCAAUAUUAAUCCUUGCAGAUGAGCAAUAAUCAUUAAAGUCAAUUAAAACGAUAAGACC